AUGCAAACUAAUCCUAACAUUGAGUAUAGGAUGAGAUUGAUUGGUAAGAGGACCGUGGAUGCACGGACCUACAACUUGCCCACAGUAUCAGAGGUUGCUGCUUUGAUUGUUGGUGAUCUAGACCCCAGUUUAGGCCACCGAGAUAUUUUGGUCGAAACUAGAUCAGGUGCUCUUAAGAGAAUAAACGAGCUUAACCUAGCAUAUUUGCCACUACAAUAUCCUAUUGUGUUCCCCUAUGGAGAAGAUGGCUAUAGGGAGGAUAUUCAAUUUAGUCUACCCAAGAAUGAAGAUAAUGGUGGCAGAGUUCGUGUAUCACAACGUGAGUUCUUCGCAUAUAAGAUAUAUGAUAGGUUUAACGAAGUAUCAACAAUGCUAUAUGCCAAGAGACUUUUCCAACAGUUCCUGGUUGAUGCUUACACCAUGGUGGAAUCGAGCAGACUAUUAUACAUUCGUAAUAAUCAAAAGGCUUUAAGGUGCGAAGCUUAUAAAGGCAUGUCUGAUGCAUUGACUAGAGGAGAAGUUGAUACAACCAAUCAAAGGAAGCGAAUCAUACUACCUUCAAGUUUCACUUGCGGAGCUAGAUACAUGAUCCAGAAUUACCAAGAUGCCAUGGCCAUUUGUCGACACAAGGGUUAUCCAAAUCUUUUCAUCACAUUCACAUGUAACCCGAAGUGGCCUGAAAUACAAAGAUACAUGAAGAAGUGCAACUUAAAUGCAGAGGAUAGUCCUGACAUUGUUUGCCGGGUGUUUCAAAUGAAUUUGGAUUCAUUGGUGAAGGAGAUACGCGCGGGAAAUCUCUUUGGUGUCGUAACUGCAGUUGUUUACACUAUUGAAUUCCAAAAGCGUGGUUUACCACAUGCCCACAUUCUUAUCUUCCUAGAAAGAACCACUACAUUGUCUACAGCAUCAUGCAUGGACAGUUUCAUUUCUGCUGAAAUUCCUGACAAAGAAGUAGACAAAGAGUAUUACGAUGCUGUGGAAGAGUUUAUGAUUCAUGGACCAUGUGGACUUUACAAAUCUAACUCGCCAUGUAUGGUGAACAAGAAAUCUUCGAAACACUUCCCAAAGAAAUUUGUGGCUGUAUCUUCUUGGGAUGAUGAUGGCUACCCAAUCUACCGACGUCGUGACAAUGGUAGGAAUGUCCAGAAAAAUGGUGUGCAAUUAGAUAGUAGACACCCUUCUGUCGAAAGAUUAAGCUUUCACCUCCCUGACUGUCAGUCUAUUAUAUUUGAGGACGAUGACAAGAUACAAAACGUCCUUAAUAGACCGACAAUAAGUCAUAGCAUGUUCACUGCUUGGUUUGACGCUAACAAGACAUAUGAGUCCGCUAAAGUGUUGGCUUACAUUGACAUGCCAACAAAGUUUGUGUGGAAAAAAGACCUAAGACAAUGGCAUCCAUGGAAAAGGGGAUUCUCAAUUGGUCGCAUAUUUUACGUGCCUCCAGGAAGCGGUGAGAUAUAUUACUUGAGAUGUCUGCUCAAUCUUGUUCGAGGUCCAACCAAUUUUGAAGACAUAAAGUAG